AGAAAAUAUUAUAAAUGUCUUCCUACGAAGAAGAGCUUACAUCAAGAUUGAAUAAGAUCAAGCCUGCUCUUGAAGAAUUAGGAAUAGAGCCUCACAAAGGCAUCUGUGAUAUCAAGAUAAUCUCAAAGAUGGGUAGAAUGGUUGGCCUGGAUAUUACCCCUACUCAAGGUAUUGAAGCUCUCUUCUAUGCCAAAGGUGAUGCUGAGAGAUAUUUCACUCCUUUUGAUGACAUAGAGUUUGAAAGAUUCGUCCAGUGGUUCUAUGAUAAUGAAAAUAUAAGGCUUAGGAAAAAGAAUUAUCUCAAAACUUCCAGGACUCAUUAUAUUAGACCAAUUAAUGUCAGAUCUAACAGUGUGUUAAGAAAAGGAAAUUUCGGGUCUCCAUCAGCUAGAGGGUUUGGGAAAAAUCUCAAGAAGAGAGGAAACUUAUUGACUCCAAACCCAUCAGAAAAGCACAAAGAUAAUGAGGAUAAUGAGGAGUAUAGGUUUAGAGCACAGAUUCAGAAAUUAUUCAGGGACAAAAAAUUUCCGGCAUUGAAAUAAGGGAUUUGAGCAAAUUCUUCAAGAUUGGAAUGUUUCUAAAAUGAAGAAAGAUCAUAUUAUAGACAAUGGUGAAGACAAUGACUGGUAUAAUCUCCAGAAGCUCACUCCAUUCUCACCCAGUGGUACUUUCUAUGAAACCAUUGGAUCAUUCCAAGCGAGGAAGAGGAUAUUCCUGAAGAGUAAGAAGGAAAGAGAACAAACAGAGAAAAAUAUUGAAGAGAAAAUUAUCAAAUGAGAACCAGAUGCUUUGAGAGCAGUUAAACUCUCAAAGCUGCUUCAGAAAAACUGGACAGAAAAGCCUGAAGCGUAUAGGAUUUGUUCAAAAAUCCCAAAAAGUAAGAGAAAAAGGCUUGAACAAAUCGUGAAGGAUAAUAGGUAUUAUCCUUAGACAUCA